AUGUCGACAGUCGUGGCGGAGCGACUCUGCCAAUCAGAAAUGGGUCCAUCCAGUACAGGAGUAAAGUCUCAAGCGUCAGUUGCAAAUGGGACGAAAGAGUCUGCAUAUAGUGCAGCUUCGGAGUCAAAAAGUGUCGACAUGGACAAGCGAAAAAAUGAGGAGCUUUUGGUAAAGAGCAGCAAUGCUUCACAUGCCAAUGGAAAAGCACAUUGUGAUGAUGAUGCAAUUAGUCAAUGCAAAGUUGAGACCGCGUCGGAGACAUCGAGGAAGUUGAUGGAACAGGCCAAAUCUCGAUUGAAAAUUCAGAUGCAAUUUGUCAAAAACGCGAGACGCAAGAUUCUCGAUGAAACACAUCCGGAUAUGGUAGAGAGGUUGCAAGUGGCGGCCCAAGAGCGUGAUCAUCUGCUAUGUGUGGCUAAACAACGGUAUGAGUAUUUCAAACACGGAACAGCCGUGAUCUAUAAUUACGAGUGUGACGAGGCCAAUUCGGAGUACGAUUUGCAUUGUGAGAAGCUGCGUCAGGAUAUGCUGGAGGAGAUCCACCAUGAAAUGGAGAUUCUCAAUGACCAGCGGAAGGGUGGUCACGGCCAUGCUCGGACAACGACUCGCAAAACCCGCAGUACUCGUAAUAAAACUGGCCUGGAAGCAGGUGUUGUUCCAGAAACAGCGCAAAAAACUAAGAAACGUGCAGGCUCCGUCUUCCAGCCACUCGAGAACAAGUUGGGUCAGUCGGAAAUUGAUCAUGACGUGCGAGAGCUCACGAGUGUUUAUGAGGCUACUAAGAAGCGACGCAUGGACUUCGACACUGACUGUAAAAUUACCCCCGUGGCCAAAUUCUACCGGAAUAAGUUCCUGUAUCGAGACUGGAUCUUUCAAGAGGGCGAUGAGGUAUAUGUGCUUAACUACCCUGCGUCGAGUGAGUAUGCAGCUGUAAUCUGCGGCAUCUCGCCUAUGGAACUCCUAGUGCUCUCGGAGAAGGGAAAGCACUACCGUUUGGUCAUUAUGGACAUUCGACAGGGUCGUGUCGUGCUCACCACGCUGUCAUCAGAGCAUGCCGCGUCCCGAGACGAUCUCGGCGAUGCAAGUCCCUAG